AUGCUUGACCCGUGGAUGCUUGACCCGAGGAUGCCUGACCCGAAGAUUCAUGACCCGAGGACGCUUGACCCGAAAAUGCCUGACCCGAGGAUGCUUGACCCAAGGAUGCCUGACCGGAGGACACAUGACCCGAGAAUGCCUGACCCAUGGACGCCUAACCUGAGAAUGCCUGACCUUAGGACGUCUGACCUAAGAACGUCUGACCCGAGAACGCCUGUCCCAAGAACACCUGACCGGAGAACGCCUGACCCGAGGAUGUCUGACCCAAGAAUGCUUGACCUGAGGACGCCUGAUCCGAGAACGCCUGACUUGAGGAGGCCUGACCCGAGAAUGUCUAACAACUCAAAAACAACAUAA